AAGGGAUUUGGAUGGGAAGCCGCAUCUGGGAAAGCAACGAAGAGGGGGCGAAGAUGGCGACAAGCCAUCCCCAGGCCUCGCCCAUCCUCUGCGCCUCCUUCAACCAAGACAACAGUUACUUCUCGAUCGGAACUAGGGAUGGGUUCAAGGUAUUCCAUGCGAGUACCGGCAGGUUAUGCUAUGAGAAAUCUCUUGGGGCAUUUAGCAUUGUGGAGAUGCUAUUUAGUUCUAGUCUUCUAGCUAUUGUUGGAGCUGGGGAGCAGCCUUCAUUAUCCCCUCGUCGACUAUGUCUCUUCAAUAAAGUUACUGGAGCACCAUUUAGGGAACUAAAUUUCUUGACGUCAAUUCUUGCUAUACGUGUUAAUAGAAAAAGGCUUAUUGUCCUAUUGCAGGAUAAGACAUACAUAUAUGACUUGAACAGCUUAGCUAUUUUGGACACCAUAGAUACUGUGCCCAAUGCUAAAGGACUUUGUGCAUUUGCUCCUGGUUCAGAAGGUAGCUAUUUGGCCCUUCCAGCUAGUACAGAGAGAGGAUCUGUAUUGAUAUACAACACGAUCGAGCUCUCUUCUCUGUGUCAGAUAGAUGCACACCGUUCAGCAAUAACCGCAAUUGCCUUCUGUUCAAGUGGUAUGUUUUUGGCCACAGCUUCUGAACAAGGAACAAUUAUCAGAGUACAUUUAGUUUCACAAGCAACCAAGUCAUAUAGUUUUAGAAGAGGUACAUAUCCAUCAACGAUAUAUUCACUAUCAUUUCAGCCAUCAGUGGAUAUUCCUGAUAUUCUUGUUGCUACGAGCUCAUCAGGAUCUUUACAUGUCUUUUUCCUUGGAUCUGUGAUAAAUGAAAGAAGCAGGAAGCCCAGUACGCUACUUGGAUCAAUGAUCCCUGACUCCUUUAACGAUGCCUUUGAAUCUGGCCAGCACCAUGUUAUUCACAAUGUCGUACCAGUUGGAGUUAAGAGUCAUGCAGUGAUCUACAGCUUGGAUAAUGUCGAAAACACAUCCACUACUCCUGCCAUCAGGGCAUGUAUUUAUAUCAUCAACCAUAACGGGUACUUCCACGAGUGCACUUUUAAUGUCAGAAAGUCAAACGAUACUUCCUGGAGCAUCGAGCGUGAACAUAAUUUACUGGAUGCAAUUGCAGAUAACCCAUGAGACUGAAAACAUUACAAGAACUCACUGUGGUCAUUCUGUGGAUUCACAAUACAGUAUUCUUCAAUCUUGUAUCUGAAUCUUCUUUCCACAGGUGCAUUCUUGAGAUUACAAGAAGAAAGCUCGGCAUCGGGCAAUUUCGUUGUUGUAAGUAUGCAAGAUUGUGUUUAAAUUAUGACUAAGAGUUCUUAUAUCUGGAUCAGGUUCAACCCUUUGUUUGCUAGUAUUUUGCAAACUUAGGUUUGAUCAGUGAUAAUUAGAGAUAUGUUGUAGUUGUUUUAAAUCUGUUUAUGCCUAAUGUCAGGCAACGUCCAGGCAUUGUAUUUCAGUGCCAAUUUACGUCUUGAAACAUAGUGCGUCCCCUUUGUAAUUCUGUAAAUAAUAGCAUAAAUUUUUAUAAUUUACUUGA